AUGGGAAUGAAGGAAGGAGAGGUGAGGAAGAUCGCCGGCGAUGGUCUCUCGGUGAAUCUAUGUUCCAACAAACAGGUCCUCGAGAUCACCGGCGACGGAUGCGACAUUUCGAUGUCGAAGAACCGAGGCAGCGUGAAGAUAAUUGGCGACGGUUGUCGAUUGAGGAUCGAUCAGAACAUGGGAGACGUAGAGUACACGGGGGAUGGUGGACAGGUUCUUUUGGGUCCAAAGUCGAUCAAGGAUAAAGUAAAGUAUCACGGUGAUGGCGGUAGAAUAAAGUUCGACGUGGAGUUGAGGAUGAGGAACAGGAAGUCGGAAGUUUCGAAGGAGGAGACGGGAAAAGGAAUGGACGAAGGAAGGAGGAGCUCCGAGGAAGGCAAGGAUGCCCCGAAGAAAGAGAAUUCGGAGGCGGAGAGCGAGGAAAAGAAAAAGAAUAGAAGAAAAGAGAGACGAGGCGAUUUGGGUGAUAAGGAGGAGAAGAAGGGAAGAUCGACGAGGACUAAGAUCGUUACGACUUUUGUAUACGAUGAAAAGACCGUGAAAAAAUGGUUCACGAAUCCGGAAGCGUCCACCAGGACUUUGAACGGAGUUUCCUCCGUGAGGAUUGUGCCGAAUAAAACGAAAACGAAAAUCGAGGUGAAAUAAAGGAGAAACUGUGACGAAUAACGGGAAAAUUGUACGAUUCUAGAAGAAUAAUUCUAAAUCAAAACCCAAGCGAAGUGGUAGAUUUAUCGUAGUAAUUAAUCACCUCAGUCUUGAAUUCCUAUCUUGACUAGUACUGAAAUUGUUCGAUUUCGAUUUUGACGAUACGCAUUUAGAAAAGACAAAGUUUAAUUUAAAAUCAUGAAAUACUGAUUUUAAUAGUUUAACCACGUCGAGGAAAAAAUUCAAAAAACGAUGGAAACGUAAGAAAUGCUGUGUUAAAUUCUCGCGACCUAAGUCUGACUUAAAGUUCCUACACGUGGAUGGAGUUGGAAUUGGUAAAACAUUGAAGAGGAUUAUCUGAUCGUGGAUCGAACGUUUGCGUAAAAGUGACUAGCGUGAAGAUACUUCCUCGAUGAUUCUUCGUGAAAGAAUCUUUCGACGAAAUCUGGGAAGUCCAGAAUCGAGUAAUCGCAAGAAAACGUAGGUAAAAGAUAUCGGCGAUAUCGUGAUCGAUCAAACUAAAACCAGGGUUAUUUUUAAUUUCUCGUUUCAUCCUUCUUAUAAAACGGUGUCAGGUAAAAACAAGGUAAUAUUUGAUAAAUAUUCCAGUGAAAAAUGAUUUAAUUGUAUUUUCCUUUUAACUAUAAUUCUCUUAGUUCCUAAUAGUGAAUUUCGUUUGUUAAUCUUGUAGAGACCAAGAUAUCGAACAUUUUUAAACAAGUUUGUAAUUUUUUUACGUCUUAUGUGUACAUAUAUAGAUCAUAACGAUUCAGUCGUCAAUUGUAAUUAAUUUCAUAAUUUGUUAAUUACGAAUAUUUUAUUUAAUUAUUUAUUUAUUAGAAAUAGAUAAAUAAUCGAGUUAAUUUGAAAAUCACCAAGUACGAUCUAUUUGUUCGAUAGUUCGUCCAUUUACAUUCUAAUAAUUACGAUAAACGCCCAUGAAAUAUUUAUAAGGAAUUAGCAAUUGUACGUGUGAUCGAUAUUUCAGUAUCUUAUUAUUUCUUAUCUACUUAUCGUCAUCGUUGUCAGACGACUCAUACGGACAGUACAAACCAUAGAUGGUAUAAACACGUUCCAUAAACACGAGCGAUAAUGAACCUCGUGAAAUACUUAAUUACUAGUCAAAAACAAGUAGAAAAAUAUGCCGAUACGAUUUAGUAUCUUUAGCUUAUUUUUUACUCGGCGACAUGGUUGUUUACGAGCUUCUAAGUUAGGAAUUUUUAACGAGCUUACUUUAUAUUCCACCAAUAUAUGUAUUUGCGUAUGGCGAAAUAUGUACCGAUCUGAUUGUCAGCGAAAUUUUGUUGUCAUCGGUGGAAACUUGGAAUUACGCCAUGUUUUCUAUAGAAUCCAACCACUUAAGAAGAAAAAAAGUAGAUAAAUUGGAUUUCUAUCGUUUUAGAAAAUUCUGUAAUCAAAGAUCUAUCAGUCUAAAGGAAAUUUCUAUCGAAAUUUGCAGUAUUAGUUUAAAUAUUUGAAAUAUUUAAAAUAGUUGGCAAUUUUUGACUGGCUGUAUAUUUCAGAGCACGUGUAGCUUAGGAAAUUAAAAGAUACCAAAUAUCAAAUGGAAGAUGCGCAUCUGUCUAAUAAAUUACGUAUUAUAAAGUCAAA